ACAUCUCUGACAACACUGCAUGUGUUUACGGAAUACCGUGUCACUGUGUCAUUCACAAUUCACAGAGUGUCGUUGUGUUUGUGUUUUAUUUCCACACGAUAAGGAGAAUUGAAGUCAAAAAUAGUGUACAGAGACUAAAUUUGUGUAUUCAGAAAUUAAAGAUAUUUUUGAAGUUCCGAUUUUAGGGCAAAUAUGUCCGAAUUCGAACCAAUGGAACCCACGUUGAACAAUAUCAUAAAUCAACCCACUCUUAAAUGGAUUUUUGUAGGCGGAAAAGGAGGUGUUGGUAAAACAACUUGCAGUUGCAGUUUGGCAGUGCAGUUAUCCAAAGUGAGAAAAAGUGUUUUGAUUAUUUCUACCGAUCCUGCUCAUAACAUAUCGGAUGCCUUUGACCAAAAAUUUACCAAAGUGCCAACUUUAGUCAAGGGAUUUCUCAACUUGUAUGCGAUGGAGAUUGAUCCAAAUGUAGGAUUUAACGAAUUGCCUGAUGAAUAUUUUGAUGGAGAACCAGAUGCUAUGAGAAUGGGAAAAGGAAUAAUUCAAGAAAUAAUUGGAGCUUUUCCUGGUAUAGACGAGGCUAUGAGUUACGCUGAAGUCAUGAAACUCAUCAAAAGCAUGAAUUUUUCCGUUGUUGUUUUUGAUACAGCUCCUACUGGUCACACGUUACGACUAUUAUCAUUUCCUCAAAUCGUUGAAAAAGGGCUGGGAAAACUGCUACGACUGAGACUGAAAGUUUCUCCACUAAUUUCACAACUGAGUGGACUUCUUGGACAUCCUGACUUUAAUGCCGACAAUUUGACCUCAAGGAUGGAAGAAAUGUUGAAUGUUAUCAAACAAGUUAAUGAACAAUUUAAAAAUCCCGAACAGACAACAUUUGUUUGUGUAUGUAUAGCAGAAUUUUUGUCACUUUAUGAAACGGAGAGACUGGUUCAAGAAUUAACAAAAUGUAAAAUUGAUACACAUAAUAUUGUUGUUAAUCAAUUAUUGUUUAAAAAGGAUACUCACAAUUCUUGUAAAAUGUGUUCUGCCAGAUAUAAAAUUCAAGAGAAAUAUUUGGAUCAGAUCACAGACUUGUAUGAGGAUUUUCAUAUUACGAAGUUACCUCUUCUAGAAAGGGAGGUGAGAGGAUCUGAAAAUGUGAAAACGUUCUCCGAAUUUUUGAUGAAACCUUAUUACAUGUAGCAUUGUUUAGUGUGAUCUCCUUUUUCUUUCAAUAUAGAAAUGUUUAUAUUUAGAUGUAAUUAAAUUUUCAUCUAUG